CUCAGGCUAAAGCACUUGCAAGAGCUUACCGGAGAGCAUCCUCCCAGCCAAAAUGAAAUAAAUGACAAGGUCCUGGAGACAAAGAUAAACUGCAAUAAUGUCAACUCCAGAAUCAGUGAUCAAAGAGCAGAGUGGCCUGGUUUGUUGAAAAGGCCUGCUGAGUUAGCCACCAAGUACGCAAACUUUUCAGAGGGAGCUUGCAAGCCUGGCUAUGCUUCAGCCCUGAUGACUGCCAUCUUUCCCCGGUUCUCCAAGCCAGCACCCAUGUUCCUGGAUGACUCUUUCCGCAAGUGGGCUAGGAUUCGGGAAUUUGUGCCGCCUUUUGGGAUCAAAGGUCAAGACAAUCUGAUCAAAGCCAUCUUGUCAGUCACCAAAGAGUACCGCCUGACCCCUGCCUUGGACAGCCUCAACUGCCGCCGCUGCAUCAUCGUGGGCAACGGAGGUGUCCUUGCCAACAAGUCUCUGGGGUCACGAAUUGAUGACUAUGACAUUGUGGUCAGACUGAACUCAGCACCAGUGAAAGGCUUUGAGAAGGACGUGGGCAGCAAAACUACACUGCGCAUCACCUACCCUGAGGGCGCCAUGCAGCGGCCCGAGCAAUACGAACGCGAUUCUCUAUUUGUCCUCGCUGGCUUCAAGUGGCAGGACUUCAAGUGGUUGAAGUACAUCGUCUACAAGGAGAGAGUGCCCUUUCCCAAGCAAUGCCAAGUGCAGGCAGUGUCAAGUAGGUAGCAAGCGAGAGAGAAGACAGAAGUCAGGUCCAGAAAUUCAGGUAGGUGGGACAGUGGGGAAGGGGAACCCACCCAGAGCCAAGCUGAAUGAGGCAGCCAGGCUGCACUGAGUCUAACUUGGCUCCCCAAAGGGGAGCAAGGGGGUUGGCUUCAGCCAGCUCUAGCUGCAAGAAGGCCCAUGCAAACCAGGGAGAGAAUGGGGGCU